AUGACGACGGAUUUAAAUAAAAGAUCAUUAAGAACGCGACGUAAAAAAACAAUGAAUUCGUUUUAUUAUAACAAUGAUUAUAGUAAUGAUUUAAAUAGUGAAGAGACAAAAAGUAAAAUAAAUUUUGUAAAAAAAAAUGACACAUUAUUAGCAAAAACAAAAGAACAUUCAAAAAGAUAUCCAGAUAUAUAUGAUAAUAAAAAUCCAGAAUUAAGUGGCAAUUCAAUUAUGAGUGAUGCAAAUGUCAGUGAUAAUAAUAAUAAUGGAAUAAUUGAUGAAAAAAAAACAGAAUUUUCGGAAGAAAUUAAUGCUAAUAAUAUUAGUGAUGAAGAAAAUUUAGCUAAAAUACGAAGUAAUAAUAAAAUAGACGAUGAUACGAUAAAUAUAAAAAAUGAAUAUAAAUUAGAUAAUUCAUCUAAAAUUGAAAAAAAUAAAAAUUAUACUAUUGGCAAUAAUAUUUCUAAUAAGGCUGGAUGUAAUAAAGGAAUCAAAAAUGUAUCUAACAAUAAUGAAAAUAAUUAUGCUAAAAUGGCAGAAAAAUUACCACACGUUGUUGGUGUAAGAUUUGAUAAAUCUCAAAAUCGAUGGUUAUCAGGUAUAUGUAUUAAUGGAAGAUGUAUUAAUAGAUAUUUUCCAGUUUAUAAAUAUGGUUUUGAGGAAGCAAGACGCUUAGCUAUACAACAUAGAAAAAAUUUUGAGACUGCCAAUGCUGGAAACCCUAAAAAACAACAAGGAGAAUCUAAAACAUCACACUUGAAUCUUCUUAACAUUAAUUCGAAAAUACCUAAUGGCUUUAAAGAUAUUCAUGGAAAGAACAAAUUAAUUUUUAAAUAUUUGUCAUACGAUUCUAUUCAAAAGGAAUGGGUAGUGACAUACGAUUAUGACAGCAAAGUUUUGGUAAACAAAUUUCCAGUUGAUAUAUACGGAUAUAAUAAUGCUUAUGAAAUGGCUGUUCAGUGUAUUAAUAAGCUAACUGUAUGUAAUCAGAAUAAAAUGAAUAAAAACCUAAAAAAUGAGAAUGGAAAAAAUAUAAAAUAUGACUUUAAAAGUACAAAUUCUCAAAGUGAUUUAAAUGACGAUGAUGAUGCAAGUUUUACAUUACGUAAAGAUAAAAUAAAUAAAUUUGUUAAAGCAAAUAAUAAUGAUAAUAAUUUAUAUAAUAAGUUAAAUUUGGAAGAAAAAGAUGGUAUUACCAAUCGUAUCGCUUCUAAUUUAAAUAAUGGACAUUCUCAUAAUAAUAAUAUAAACGAAUAUGAUAUUGAAAAAAAUCAUAAUAAAAUGGGAUUUGAUUCGAGCAAUUAUAAUCAAACAGAAAGAUUGUUAAAUGAUCCUAGCAACUUUUACAAAUAUGACACUUCAUUAGAUAAUGACGAAACAAACCCACAUCAUUUUAAUAGUAUUAAAAAAUCAUAUACUAAUGAAAAUAGUGGAAAUAAUAAUGAUGAUAAUAAUUUAUUACAAAUUUUUAAUGAGACGUAUUUAAAUGAUGGUGACAAAAAUACAUACAAUAUAUUAAAUAACAUACUUAAACAUAAUAGUAGCAAGAACAAGUUAUCGAGUAAUAAACCAUUUGAGCAUCAAACAGAUGAAGAUGGAAAUAAAAUAAUUACAGGUAUUGAUGGACUUACACAUAAUCAACUAUCUAAUGAACACUUAGAAAAUUUAAACAAAAAUAAUGAUGAACUAAAUUCAUUAUUAGAAUACAACAAAAUGAAUAACAAAUUUGAAAAUAGUAAAGAUGUAGAAUCACUGCUUAGUGAUAAAAAAACAUUAGAAAAUGGUAAUUAUGGUACCAUAUCUAAUUUCAAUAAAAUUAUUAAAAAUAUAUUAAAAAGCAAUAAAAAUGCAAAUAAUAAUGAACAAAUUAUCAAAGGAAUUAACAUAAUAAAAAAUAUGAAAAAAAAUGAUAAAUUAAAAAUUCAUAAACCUAUCGAAGAUUAUGCUAGUAGUAACAAUGGAGAUAUAGAUGAUGUUCCAGAAGAAAAUGGCGAUGAAAAUUAUAACUUCUCAAAUGGAAAUAUUAGUGGUGUAAAACGAGGAAGAUAUACAAGUAAAAUACGACAUAGAAUAAAAAAAAAACACAAAAAUUAUAUUAAUUAUAACAAUUAUUUUAUUGUAAAAAAUGAGGAAGAUGUUAAUGAAGAAAAUGACAUCAAUAUUGCUAAAAGUGAUGUUAACAAUUCAAAUGAACCAAUUAAUGCCACAGAAUUAGAAACAAAUACUAAGAAUGAAGAAAUUCCUACUCAAACAGAAGAAAAUUCUAAGCAAGUUGGAGAUAACACUACUCAGGUAGACAAACAAAAUGAAGAAGUGACAAAAACAGAAGCCACUGAAUCCAAUAUAAAUAACGACUCGAAUGAAAACACAAAACAAGACACAAAACAAGACACAAAACAAGACACAAAACAAGACACACAACAAGACACACAACAAGACACAAAACAAGACACACAACAAGACACAAAACAAGACACACAACAAGACACAAAACAAGACACAUCUACAUUUAAUAAUAUAUCUGAUGAAAAUCCAAAUAUAAUUAAUAACUCUGAGUUCAAUGAAGUUGCAUUAAAAUUUGCUCCAUGGAAAAAAGGAAUAGAAUGGGAUCAAAAGAAAAAUAAAUGGACAUGUAAAUUAUGGGAUAAUGAUGGAAAUGCAAUUACUAAGCAUAUUUAUAUAAAAAUUAAAGAAGGAAUAGAAAUUGCAUAUAAUUAUUGUAUACAAAUUCGUUUACGUUCUUUUGAUUAUUAUUUAAUAAAUGUAUUAAAUAAUUUUCCAAAAAUCGAAGAAAUAUCUUAUACCCUUGAAAAUCCAUGCUUUAUAUUAAAUUAUAAAGAUAAUGAAAAAAAAAAAUAUUAUUUUCAAGAAGAGGGAAUAUAUAAUUCUUUUGUAUCUUGUGUAGAAUAUUUAAAUAAAUUGAAAAGUGAAAACGAGGAAACAUUGUACAAUAUAGAUAGUUUCAUAGAAGAACACAAAGAAAAUAUAGCUUCAGAAAAUAUAGCUUCAGAAAACGUAGCUUCAGAAAAUGCAGCUCCAGAAAAUGAAACAAAUAGCCAAGGUAAUAAUAAUGAAAAUAAAAAAUCAAGCAUUCUUCAAGAAUUAGAAGUUUUGAUGAAAGAUAUGAAUUAUUUUGAACACAAAAAAACAGUAUUCGACAAUAUGUGUGAACAAACAAAAGCUGCUUAUAACAUAAAACCAUGGCUAAAAGGUGUUUUAUGGGAAGAAAAAGUAAAAAAAUGGAUUGUGUUUUUUAAAGAUAAAAGUCAAAAUCUUCGAAUUAGUUUCUUUAAUCCAUCUGAUUAUAAUAAUGAUGUAAUAAUGUCUUAUAAUAAAUGUUGUGAAUAUUUUAACCAAAUAAAAGAAUCAAAUAAUUUUGAUGAAAACACAGAAGAAUUUUCGGAAAGUAUUCGACAAUUUAUUAAAAGUAUCGAAUUUGAUAAAGUAAUUGAUUAUAGUAAAAAUAAUUAUAAUCAUAUUGACAAAAGUCGAAGCACAAGUUCAGUCAGUAGUGAUAUUAGUAAUGCUAGUUCUAAAAAUAUAUAUAAAAGAAAAAAAAAAAAAAAAAUACAUUCCUAUAAUGAGGAUUCUCAUGAUUUGGCUGACACAUCACAAUAUAGAAAAAAUAGCAAUCAAUUAGAAAGGGAUAUUAUGGAUGAUAAAAAAUUUAGAUCUUUAAAAAAUGAUCAUUUAGGAAAUACAAAAUAUCGAAUAAGCAUUAAUAAUAUAGAUAAAAAUUUAUGUAAUAGUUGUGAAGCAUCAAAUGACGAAAUGGGAAUGUUAGAUUAUAAUUCACCAGCAGAUUAUAAAUAUUCUGUAGACACAUUAGAAGGAAAAUAUUUUAAUAGAAAUGAUAUGUAUAAUAAUAUAAAUGGUAAAACAAAACAUGAAAAAAGUUUAAAAAGAGGCCAAAAAAAUAAAUUAAAAAAAAACAUACUUGAUGAUAUUGAUAAUGAAUCAGCAAAUCAUGAUGAAAUGAAAAAAAAAUAUUUAAAUUUUGAUGAUAAUAAUAGUAAUAUUAAUAAUAAUGAUUAUUCAAUUGGAGAUAGAAGUUUUAAAAUGGAUUAUUCUGAAUAUGAAAAUCAUACAAAAGAAAAUCCUAUAAAUGAUUAUGGAGAUUCAAACCCUUAUUUUAGAGACGAUAUAUUAUCACCUUCUUCUACUCGUACGAUUGCAAGAGAUAUUCCUUUUGAUUCGAAUAAUGGAAAUAACAGAAUUGGAAAUAAUAAUUAUAACAUGCUUGGAAUAAAUGGUAUAGAUUGUAAUAGUAGCGAUAUAAUAAAUGGAAGUUCGAGUGAAAAAUGUCUAAAUGAAAUGAAUAUGAUAAAAGAUGGAGGAAGUGAUAUAUCUGGGGCUAUGCCUUAUGGAAGAAAUUUAGAUACUGAAUAUGGAAAAGGAUUGAGAAAUUCUGAUAAAUAUAGUAAUAUGGAUAAUAAAUCUAUCAAUAAAAGUACUGAAAAAUUAGAUAAUCUUUUAGAUGGAGGCCCAAAUGUUCGAUUACCAAAAAGUGAAAUUUUAAAUCAAGCCGCAAGUUUACCAAAAUUACAAGGUAUGUUUUUUGAUAAAAGAAGAAAUUACUGGACUGUUAGUGUAUGUGGUUUUAGAAAAUCUUUUGGAGUUAGAACAAGAGGUGUUUAUCAAGCAUAUAAAUUAGCUGCUGAAUUUAGAAAUCGAAUUUUAGAAACAAAUAAAGGAAAAUGUUAUUCUCAAAAAAGUUCAAGCAUGUCAAAUAGUUAUAAAUAUAAUAUAAAAAAUCUUAAUGGAUUAACUAAAGAAGAAAAGACAAAUUUUUUACGAGACUCAGAAUCUCUUCAAGCAUCAUCUGGAGUAGAAAAUUCAUAUACUAAUAAAAGAAAUUCAUUAACUAGUAUUAAUAAUACUGACAAAGAUUUAGCAUAUACAGCUAGUGAUAGACGAAGUAGUUUUAAUCUUAAAGAUACAGAUGGAAGUGUUGGAAAUGAAAAUAAUAACAAUGAUUCAUCAAAUAUUUAUGAUUAUUUAUUAGAAAAUAAAAUGAAUUCUAACAUUUUAAAUAAUGAAAACUUAUUAAAGACCACAUAUUUACCUAGUAGUGCUGCUAACAGUGUAAGUCAUGAUGAAAAUUAUUCAGAUAUGGUAUAUGACGAAAGAAUAAAUUUUACUGGUAAAUCGAAGAAAAAAAUGGAUAAAAAAUAUAAAUCUAAUAAUAGUUAUUCUGCAUCUAAAUAUGAUAAUAAUGGAAAUCCUAUUAAUAAUAUGGAUUCAAAUUUUAUGAAUUUUAUGAAUGAUGGAACAUAUGAUAUGAGAGAAGAUAAAAAUAAUAAUAAUAAUAAUCCUUUAUUAAAAAAAUCAGGAAAUAAUCAAAAUAAUGCAAGUGAUAAUAACAAUAUGUCACCAAGUAAUACAGCCAUUAGUCAUUUAGGUUCGGGUCCAAAUUAUUCUCCUACUCAUAUAUAUGAAAUCGAUAAUAUGCAUAAUACUCUGGAUUAUUACAUUAAGAAUGAAAAUACAACAAACGGAUUAGAUAAAUCAGAAGAUUUAAAAAAUAUGAAAACUAACAAUUAUAAUCAAUCUUCGUCUUUUUUAAAAGGUGAUAUUAGAAAUAGUGAAAGUAUAAAUGAAAAUAAUAAUAAUAUAUAUUCUAAAAAUUUAAAUAAUGUAGAUUAUGAAGAUAACCCCAAUUUAAUGAAUAAUAAAAUGAACUCUCAUAAUUCAGAAGAUAAACUUAAUCGAUCAUAUCCAAAUAACAUGCUAUAUAAUAAUUCUGAAAAUAAUUAUGAAAAUACUAGCAUUCAUAUAAAUGGUAAUAUAAACAGUAAAGAUGAUUUAUAUAAAAAUUAUAAUUUAGAUGGAGAAAAUAAAAUGUUUAAUUUAAAUACAAUAAUUGAUGAAACAAUUGAAGAAAGAGAUAUAAGAAUAAAUAAAGAAGUUAAUAAAUGUAAAUUUGUAGAUGGAUUAAUAUAUGAUGAAGCUAAUAAAUGUUUUAGAAUUAAAAUUAAUGGAUAUAGAAAAGCUUAUUCUGUUAUUAGACGAGGUGUAAAAGAAGCUUAUAAAUUAAGUAUUGAAGCUAUACAACAAAUUAAAAAACAAUCAAAACCAAAUAAUUACAAUACAUCCGAACAACCACAAAUUAAUUCAAAUAAUUUAACUCAUUUCUAUAAUUCUAGUUCAGAAACAUCGAAACAUGGUUACGCUUAUAAUUAUCAAUACAAUAAAAAUAAGCAACCUUCUCAACAAGAAUGUGCAGAAGAUAUUUUUGAAAACUAUAAUACUGACCAAAGAAAUGCUAAUAAAAAUAAUAAUCCAUAUAUGGAAACCAAUGGAAAAAGAAAUUUCUCCAAUGAUAAAAAGAACAAUGACGACCUUUCUUUCCCUAUUUUAAAUAUAGACGACAACUACUAUGAAUUACUUAAAACUGCCAUAAUCAUUUGUUUGAAUGAUAUUCUUAUGAACUCUAUUCCUAAAGUUUUUCAUUUAUAUAAAAAUUUGAGUAUAACAGAGGAUGUUAAAAUUGAGGACAUAUUAAGUAUAGAAAGAAAAAAGAAAGAACAAUCGUUAAGAUAUCAUAUAGAAUAUACUCAAAAUUCCAUAGGUGUAUCAUCACUUAUUCCAUAUCUUAAAUUAUUUAGUACUGAAAUUUUAAACAAUAUUUUACCAUCAGCUCAAUCUUUAGAAAUUCAAAGACUUAUUAUUCAUUCCCUUGAUUUACAAGCUUAUAAUGCAUCAUGUUAA